GUAGAGCAUGCAUGCAGAGAGUUAGGGAGGAGAAAGAGUGAAGAGAGAGGAUUUCACGUCGUCUUCUUCUUCUCCUCCCGCUCUCUCAUCAUCAAUCAACGUAUGUGAGAAACAGUGAUUGAUCUGACACGGUAUUAAAAUAUUAACCAAACAACUAACAUAUAUAUAGCUAGAGAGUGCACAAAAUAAACGUGGCUCUAAUUCGGGUAUUCCUUCAAGCUCUCAUGGCCCCAAGCAAACUCAAGAAGGCGAUUGGGGCCAUGAAGGACCAGACGAGCAUCAGUCUUGCAAAGGUAGGGUCCAGCGAUUCCCUCUCAGAUUUGGAGGUCGCCAUCGUGAAGGCGACACGUCAUGAGGAAUACCCGGCCGAAGAACGCCAUGUGCGUGAGAUCCUCAACCUAACCCGCUUCUCACGGGCCCACGUGGCCGCUUGUGUCACCAUCGUCUCCAAGCGUCUUGGCAAAACCAAGAACUGGGUGGUGGCGAUCAAGGCCCUCAUGCUCAUCCACCGUCUUCUCAAUGACGGCGACGCUGCGUAUGAGCAGGAGAUCUUUUUCGCCACUCGACGCGGGACCCGCCUUCUCAACAUGAGUGGUUUUCGUGACUCAUCGCGAUCGGAAGACUCGUGGGAUUUCUCGGCAUUUGUUCGGACUUAUGCACUGUACUUGGACGAGCAGCUCGAGUUGCGGAUGCAAAACCACCGCCGCUGCAGAAAGCAGAGAGGCCACCGUUUAGAGUAUGAUAACCAGAAUGAGGAGGAAGUUCCAGCAUUGCAAGAAAUGAAAAUUGAGAUGGUCUAUUCAAGAAUCCAUCACUAUGUCCACAUUCUUCAACGAUUCUUAGCAUGCAAACCAACAGAAGGAACUCGUGUGGCCGGCCGGCUGGUCACUACUGCCUGGAAUGCAAAAACUCUGGCACCCAUGGUCAACAACACAAUGGCAGGGAGUGCAGAUACAUCUGUUGCAUCUUCCUCGAGGGUCCAACCUUGAAGGCAGUGGUGGUUGAAGCUAAGGCCGUCCAUGGACCAGUGCGUCUCUUCACCCUCGACAUUAUGGCAUCAAAGACGGGUACGAGGCAUGUUGUGUGAUGGGUGUCAUAUGAGGUAUGCGAAGGUGAGAGGAAGGAGGGUGAGAACCAGAUGGUGCUGCUGCUGCAGUGCGGCGGCGGCAGUGCGGCUGAACAAUGGGUCGAAGAACGGCUGUGGAAGGGGCUGUGCGGUUAGGGUUGGAGAGAAGAGGCUAUGGUUGGAAAAAAUGAGAAAGAGCUUAGGGUUUUAUAGACAUAGCUUAAAGGGUAUAUUAGUCCAUACAAAUCAAUUAAUUAAUUAUUAAUUACUUCAUCCGGUUCUUAAUUAACUUUACACUUUCCUUUUCAGGUCGUCCCAUAUUAAACUUUACACUUCCUUAUUUGCCUUAUUUGGCAAACAAAUCUACACAAAACAAUGCAAA